CUUCGACUCUGGAAAAAUACUAACUAAAAGUAAGGGAUCGAGGCCAGACCACGUGCGCCCAGAUUCGUUCUCAGGCUUAGCUAGGCUGCGUCUUCUAGUCGUCGUCGCUACUAUCGGCGACCUCCCUUACUCCCUUUCUUCCACCAAUGCCCUCAGAGUUCUACACCACCCUCGACGACCAACCCCCUCUCGAACAUGUCCAGGCCAAGGUCUGCUCGUCCUGCCAUCGUCCAGUCGACCCCGCAAGUCACCUCUUUCUCCUCGCCGCCGACGCCAUCGUCUGUGCAGCAUGUGGUCCCGUUCAUGCCUCACAGAUAGACACCCGGACGUCGUGCAUCGACGUCGAUAACGCCUUUCUGCGAAUCGGACGCCCUACACACGACCAAGAGCCAUCAGAUACCCAGCGACCAGCGCCGCCGCCGCCCCCGGCCUUCGCUAGCAAGCUCUUAUUAUCUCUACCGGUACAUGCCCCGGCGACGACCGUCUCAUCAUCGCAGCCACUACAGUCGCAUGCUCCCACUCUCUCGGUCGCAAACAACAACCGCAGGCAUACGGCCGUUUCAUUUUCUCCCAAUCCUCUCACCGAUAUCACUCGUCUGCGGGUUCGCACCCGAGCUCACCACUGUCUCUACCCGGGCGCCUCCUUCCAAGGAACACAGAAGAGUGGCCGGAAUAGCUAUGAUGUCACGGUAACCAUCGUCGACGUCGACUUUUCGUCGUCGUUCCUAUGCGGUUAUCUUUGCAUCCGAGGUCUUACCGAAGAUUAUCCCGAGCUCACCACCUACUUUGACGCCGAAGUCAUUGGCAGUCGCUACGGCUUCCGCACUCAAAACUGGGGCGCCAAUGAAAAUGACGACAUGGUGCACUGGUCCCGCUUUCCCGCCUUCCGUCACGUCAAGCAUGAUCUCAAAAGACCCCACUACACCAUCCCUGACCGCGACCGAGGGGCUGUGUUCAUGCGAUGGAAGGAGCGUUUCUUGGUUCCGGAUCACCGCGUACAGGAUAUCAAUGGCGCAAGUUUUGCCGGUUUCUAUUAUGUUUGUGUCGAUUUCAACCCCACCCAGUCCUCUCAAAAUGAAGAGCCAACAUCGAUCGUGACAAAACCAGAGUCCCGCGAGCGACGCGAGUCAAGUGCCCGUCGAUCUCCUUCUGCCGGCCCGCGUCUAACCGCUCCACCAGCAGCAACGAUGAGUGGGUUUUACUAUCACCAAAACUCCGAGCCGUACCAGCAGCUCACGUUGGUUCACGUUCCCGAGCGGGCCAGCUCUAGCUUUGAAUUUCGCUGAAUCAAGUGCGGAAAAACAUCCCCCGCCAGUACUUACCGAUUUACGUGUCUUAUACCUUUUUUUUCUUUUCU